GGUAUUCUCCUGGCUGCGGCUAUUCUGCCCACCACUGUGAUCGCCAGCGCAGCCAGCGCAUCCAGUGCAGCGCAAUUGACGGCCAUUCUACCACCAUGUGCGCUGCUCUGCAUGAAAUCUUCUUUGUCUGAAGCCUCAUGUGCACCUACGGAUCAGAAAUGUCUAUGCACAGACGCUACAUACACAGCUGCUUUAGAGAGUUGUGUCGUCGCUAGUUGCACUAUUCGGCAAUCAUUGACUACCAAAAAUGUCACUACGAUGGCAUGCGACGCCCCCAUACGAGAUCGAACGAAAGUUGUUUCAUAUGCUGGAGUUGCAGGUGGCAUAAUCGCUCUCGUUGCUUUUAUACUUCGCAUGAUAGCACGUUUGCGAUGUUGCGGUGGUACUUUUGGCUGGGAUGACUGGACUAUGGCUUUAACAAUGGCGCUCGUCAUCCCACUAUCAGCACUUUCGGCUGUCUUGGCAGACACUGGGCUCGGGAGGGAUAUGUGGACACUCCCUUUCGAAAAUAUCACCCACAUUCUUUAUCUUUAUUUCUGGGAUGAGUUGAUCUAUCUCAGUAUAUUGCCCAUGACCAAGAUUUCGAUUUGCUGCUUUUAUCUGCGCAUUUUUCCUGAACGGCAAUUCCGGAAUGUGACCUAUGUCGUGAUCGGACUUAAUGUCUGUUACAUGAUUGCAUUCGUUUUGAUUUCAGUAUUCCAGUGCAGCCCAUUGCCCGGUGCGUGGCUCCAUUGGGAUGGCGAAGGUGAUUAUAAGUGCAACCACAUCAAUGCGCAAGGCUGGGCGGCGGCGGCAAUCAACAUGAUUUUCGACGUGAUCGUUAUGGUUUUGCCGCUGCGGCAACUCUGGGGCUUGAAUCUUUCCCUGAGAAAGAAGGCCUAUGUCAUGUGCAUGUUCAGUCUUGGUAUCUUUGUUACGCUCGUCAGUAUUCUUCGUUUGAACUCUCUCAUUCAUUUUGCUUCGACCGAGAACCUAACAUGGGAUUAUGUGGCCAUCGGGUAUUGGAGCACAAUUGAAUGCGAUGUUGGUGUCAUUUGCGCCUGUCUGCCCGCCAUUCGCUCUUUAUUGCGGCGUGUUUCACCGAAGCUCUUCGGAGAUACGGAACAGGCAAAGUCAUACGGCAUGAAUUCUCAUUCACGGGGAACUGGCUCUCGAUUCGAAAAUUCAAUUCAUGUUCAGAACAGCUUUCAGGUCCAGAGCAAAAGUGACUCUCGAAACUUCUAUCCACUUGAUGAUAUGGAAAGUUCCAGCCAAGCCAAUUUACACCAUGAUCGUCAUUCCUGA